AUGUUGGGUUAUUUGGGUAGAAGGGGGUAUCGGUUAUGGGUGCCAGAAACUAGGAGUGUUAUUGAAUCGAGGGAUGUUCAAUUCGAAGAAGGUACCCCUCAUCGGACUUUACCCGUGGAUAGGACCAGUGAUCUGGAUGUCCAAAUUGAUUUUGAUGUUGAAGUUGGCAACCCUGUUGAACCAAUUCAUUAUCCGACACCAGACGCCGUCCCUCUACCAUUGACAGAUGACCAUGGACCCGUAACAGCUCCUGAAGAUGCAGUUGCAAUGGAGGAACCAAUACCACCACCAGUGGAGCGUAUUCAGCCGUCCCUAGCAAGCAACAGAACGCGCAGAUUACCAAUUCCGUCAAGGGCGCAAAGGGAUAUGUUGGAGAUGGAAGAGAUGGAAAAGGAUGUGAAGGGUAAUAAACGGGACUGGGCAACAGACACGAGUAAACCUCGAGAGGGAGUAUUAUACAACCCAAAUCAAGCUCACAUGCUGAUUAUCAACAGCCCGUGGGCUUUCGCAUCGACAAUGUCUCGUGAAUGGGUACUGAUAACGGCACUAAAAACUACUACUAGGUGCAGCAAAACACACUCCAAGCACGAAGUGCGCAAAACCAAACCCAACACUAGCAAUUAG